AUGAGGAAGAUUUUCUUCCCCUAUGUCCUAGAGUCCGGCGCUUCGGGAAGGACCAAGAAGCUGGAGAAAGCCCUGUCCAGUCCCCCGGAGAGCUCUAGGAACCCCAUUCCACAGGUGCCCCCGACCCCUGUGAUGACCCCAGCACAGAUCUCAGACUGGAGUGGCUGCCCACCACCUCUAUCGAUUGGCAAAUCAAGGCUUUGUAAGUUAAAAGACUUCACAAAGACACAGAAGCUGGUGGUCCGCAGCAGCCUGGAGGAACAGGGGUUGCAUGUACACAGUGUGCGGCUGCACGGCUCAGCCGCCAGCCACGUGCUGCACCCUGAGAGUGGCCUAGGCUACAAGGACCUGGACCUGGUGUUCCAGAUGGACCUGCAGAGUGAGGCAUCCUUCCAGCUGACCAAGGCAGUGGUCUUGGCUUGCCUCCUGGACUUCCUGCCAGUGGGAGUAAGCCGGGCCAAGAUCACGCCAGUGACACUCAAGGAGGCCUACGUUCAGAAGCUGGUGAAAGUGUGCACAGACCUGGACCGCUGGAGCCUCAUCUCACUGUCCAACAAGAGUGGUAAGAACGUGGAACUCAAGUUCGUGGACUCCGUGAGGCGCCAGUUUGAAUUCAGCGUUGACUCCUUCCAGAUCAUCCUGGACUCCCUGCUGCUCUUUGGCCAGUGUUCUCCCACACCGAUGUCAGAGGCCUUCCACCCAACUGUGACAGGCGAGAGCCUAUACGGGGACUUUGCUGAGGCCUUGGAGCACCUGCAGCACCGUGUCAUUGCCACACGAAGCCCCGAGGAGAUCCGUGGUGGUGGCCUCCUCAAGUACUGCCACCUGCUGGUGCGGGGCUUCAGGCCAAGGCCCAGCACUGAUGUUCGGGCCCUACAGAGAUACAUGUGUUCCCGUUUCUUCAUCGACUUUCCGGACCUGGUGGAGCAGAGGCGCGUUCUGGAGCGCUACCUGGAGGCCCACUUUGGUGGAGCAGAUGCAUCCCGCCGCUAUGCUUGCCUUGUGACACUGCACCAGGUGGUCAACGAGAGUACAGUGUGCCUCAUGAGCCAUGAGCGCCGCCAGACCCUAGACCUUAUCACCAUGCUAGCCCUCCAGGCACUAGCUGAGCAGGGCCCCGCUGCCAUGGCUGCCCUGGCCUGGCAACGUCCGGGCUCUGAUGGGGUCGUGCCAGCCACGGUUAAUUACUAUGUGACCCCCAUGCAGCCUCUGCUGCCCCGGGCUCACUCCUAUCCCACCUGGCUGCCUUGCAACUGACUCUCAUCCUGGCCAGGAGGGAAUGUGCACCAUGGGGUUGGGGCAGAGUCCUCAGGUAUGUGUGGAGGAUGUGACCAGACACAGCCCACCUGUGCCAGCGGGCCGGGACUAUAGGUCUGGGCCUUUGAACAGAUCAGAUUUUCCCUGUAUGAGGUUCCUAUGGGCUUAAAGCCAAGUCAGGUUCUUGACAGGAGGACCCUUUGGUCAUCCCACCACACUCUUGGACCUGCAUGACUCGGGUCACGGACAAAGUCAGCUCUGGGGUGCGGGAGCAGUCUCCGUAGCAACACCUUCGGUUGAUUUCCAUGACCUAGAUGGGGUCAGCCCACAGGGACCCAGAAGCUCCUUUGCUGGCUAAAAUAUGACGUCAUGUGACAGGAUACUCACUUGGGGGUCUAGCUGAAUGACUCACAGAGCCUGGUGGCCCUUCACUGACCAUUAGGAGGAGGUAAACUAAGGUAUAAGGUAGCUCCCUGGAUUUUUUGAGAGAUGGGAAUUCAGUCUCCUGGGACUUGCAUGGGCUUCUUGAGUUGCUGAGGUAUAUAGUGAACAGGUUCUAAAGAGCCAGGAGAGGAUGUAACCCAUACACCUCCCAGUAUGUCACCCUCUCCCUUCCAUUGUGGCCUCCCAGGAACCCUGCUGUCUGGGCACUUAAUGUUGGAGGCUGCUGGGUUCAAAGUUGCCAGUCAACUAUGCCCACCCCACUUGCUUGGUUACAGGAUUUUCACACAGGGGGAGGGAGGCCUGACCCAUCUCUCUCCCCAUCCCUCUGGACUGGUUGCUGUGUUGCACUCUUCCCACCAAUAAAGAUU